ACAAAAGCUUUAUUCUAAUCGUUAUUUGUUAAUUUAUUAUAUCGUGAUUGUUGUUUAUGGUUUUUUUGUGUAAAGUUCUAAUAUAGAGAAAUUGUUGUGCGGGCUGGAGGGUUGAUAGCCCGUGAGAGUACAAUAAAAGUGGGGUUGCAAGAGAGAGAGAGAGAAGGAGGCGUUUCGACGCAAGCGCCUUUUGUCUUUAAAUUCACAUAUCGUGGAGGUGGUGGUGGUUGUUCGCGGUUGCCUUCAUUUUUCGUGGUCGUCGAGGAACUCGCCUCCUCCGCACGCAUAUUUUCACAGUAGUAAUCCGACUGAACUUGAGUCAACAAACAUGUACAUACGAAGGAAAAAAAUAAUAUAGUGUCGUGUUGUUUUCAACCCCCCGUUUCACCCCCUCGAAAAACAAACAAAUUUUAAACAAUUUAUCAAAAAAAAAGGGGGAAAAUAUUUUUUCAUUUCGAAAAUUUUGUUUUUUUUCCCACUCUUUGUAAUGAUAACAACAACAUUUUGUGCUCUCGAUGUUUCGGACAAAAAAAAAGUGACAAAGUUUUUUUCGGACAAAUUUCGGUUUUGGAUUUUAAGUGAUGAUUAAAAAGAAGGGAUUAACAACAGGUGUUUUUGUGUUUUAAGUUUUUGGGUGUUUCGUAUUUUUUUCUGUGAAUUUUUAUAAUCGGAAAAGUUAAUGGUUUUGGUUCAUUUUCAUCAAUGAAUUUACCAAAGGAUCAUCAACAUCUUUCCCAUUCGAUUGUUGUACUUGAUUUGAAUUUUUCCCAGAGACAUUCGAUUGAUUUCAUUAAAUUCAUUAAUUUCAUUAAAUUUAUUAAAUUCAUUAAUUUUAUAAAAUUCAUUAAUUUUAUUAAAUUCGUUAAUUUUAUUAAAUUCGUUAAUUUUAUUAAAUUCAUUAAUUUCAUUAAUUUAAUUAAUUUCGCGGACAAUUGGGAAAUACGGAGACUUUGUGUUAUUUCGAUAUUGUGGAGGAUGAAGGAGAAUUCUGAGUCUUACGGAAAUAACUGUCCCUGAGAUCGAACGGAAUGCUCUCAGCUGACUGGACAAAAAAGCAGGGCAACUCUUUUAUUUUUGACAUAAAAAAACCAAAGAGUAAAACGAAUUUUUCAAUUUGGAUUAAUUAAAAUUAAAAAAAAAAAAAAAAAAAAAAAAAAAAAGAAAUUGUUCUAUGGUAGAUUUUUUGUGUGUCAAUAGUUGUCAAGCGUUAGGAGAAGAAAACUGUCAAUUUUUCCUCGGGAUCACUUCGUUAUUCUUGUGCUUUUGCCAAAAUUCGGUGAAUUUUUUUUCCGGUACGAAAAAAAGGUGGAUUUACUGCUUCGCUUCACUGCUGACUUUGUGAUUUUCGAAAAAAAGUUUAAAACAGAGGAAAAAGUUUCGAAAAAACUUGAGGAAGAAAAAAUUUUCAAAAGAUAAACGAAGGAAUAAAAAUUUGAGGAUUGGAAAAAGGUUUGAACCAAAGGAAUGAAAAUUUGAAGAUUGGAGAACAUUUUUCAUCGAAGGGAUAAAAAUUUGAAACAAAGGAAUAGAAGUUUUAAGAAUUUGUGAACAUUUCGAAACAAAGGAAUAGAGGUUUUAAAAUUGGGAACUGUUUUGAAACAAUUGGAUAAUAAAAAAUAAAAAAAAAAAAAAAUUUCGAAGAAGAUUUCUUUUUGGAAGAAAAAAUUCCGAAACAGGAAUAAAAGGUUGAAGAUACAAAAACAUUUCGAAAGAAAGGAAUAAAGAUCCAAAUUUUCAGAAAGGUUUGAAAUUUUUAACAUUGGAAGAGACAAAAAAAAAGAUUGAAGAAAAUUUGCAAAAAAAAGACGCACGUGUUUUGAAUUAAAAAAAAACACGAGAUUUAAAAGAAAUUGUGAUAUUUUAGCAGUUUUUGUGGGAAAAAAAUUUAGGUUUUUUCGGUCAAUUUGUAUGAGAAAAUAAAAUAAAAAUAGACGAUAGAAAAAAAUAGAAGAGUAAACCCAAGAAAAAUAAUAAUUCGACUGCUAUAAUGUGCCUUUUUUCUCCUUGUAUUUAGAAAAGCCUUUUUCCAGAGGAAGUGCUUCCUCGUCAGUGCCUCUCUUCUUCUCCCCUCUCGCCCCACUAAACUUUUAAUACAUUUUCGAAUAAAAAAAAAAAUUUUUUCUCCAGCAGAUGAAAAAGGGUUCGAUAAAUUUACUAAAAGUUGCAAACAGUUCGGAAAAGCUGCGAAAUGUUCCAAAAGGUUACGAGUGUUAAACAAAUUUAAAUUAAAAAAAAAAAAAAAAAAAAAAAAAAAUUUAAUGAACGUUUUCAACAGAUUAUUUUGUGCAUAGUUCGAAAAGGUACCAAAGGUUACGAAACGCUGCGAAAGGUUCCAAAAAGGUACAAAAAAUUAAGGAAAUUUAAAAUUUAAAAAAAAAAAAAAAAAAUUUAAUGAACGGUUUUAAAAGAUUAUUGUGUGCAUAGUUCGAAAAGGUACCGGAAAGUUACGAAAAGCUGCGAAAGGUUCCAAAAAGGUACAAAAAAUUAAGGAAAUUUAAAAUUAAAAAAAAAAAAAAUUAAUGAACGGUUUUAAAAGAUUAUUGUGUGCAUAGUUCGAAAAGGUACCGGAAAGUUACGAAAGGCUGCGAAAGGUUCAAAAAAGUUACAAAGAAUUAAGAAAAUUAAAAAAAAAAUUUUGCGAAAUGUUCAGAAAGGUUAAGAAAGUUUGCGAAUAGUUCCAAAAGGUUCCGGAAGGUUACGAAAAGCCGCGAAAAGUUCCAAAAGGUCAAAAAGAAUUAAGCAAAUUUAAGAAUUAAAAAAAAAAAAAAAAUUGCGAAGAAAAAAAAAGAAGGGGAACGAAAAAAAAACCCCUUUUUUGGAAAUGUUCCUGAGGCGAAUGACCGAGUGCCUCGCAAACCACCGAAUAAUCCAAAAAUCAAAAAUUCCACUCUGGAAAACGGCAAUAAAAGUGGAAAAUAAUCAUCAGCAGAAAACAUCGACUAGAGGACAAAAUUUAUCCACAUUUUCCAAAAAAUUCCUUUUGCUAAACUAAUUUUUCCGAUUUUCACUAAACAUAAGUAUUCUCAAUAAUAAAUCAAUAAAUAAUACUAGUAAUAAUAAUGGAUCUUUCAUCAUUUUUUAAUGAAAGAAAACUGAAAAUAAAUCGUGGCUCGAAGGAAGAGAGUAGAAGUGCUUCUAGAAAAUAAAAGGAAAUAAAAUUUUAAAUAUCUUAAAUAAAGAAAGAAAAAAAAAUAAAAAAAAAAUUUAAUUUAACGAAAGGACAGAAAUAAUCAAAUAUCGCAUAUUUAGCAAAAAAGAUGCGAAAUUUUUUCAUCGAACAAUAUACAUAAAAAUUAGCUACUCUGCGCUUUUUUACUUGAGAAUUUAAAUAAAUCUCUUUGUUAGUGAUCGAGAACAUAAAAAAAAAAAAAAAAAAAAAAAAUCGAGAGCAAACAGAAAACUUUGACCAACAUUAAUUAAUAACAAACUAGAUUAUUAGAAAAUCGAUUUAUAAUCGUCCGAUCUUCGCAACGAAUUUUUAUCUCUACGCUUUUGAUAAAAGCUGAUUAUUACAAGUAGAUAAAAUUUUCUCUCUCUCUUCGUGUUUUGUUUUCUCACUUUAAAAGGAAAAUUAUAAAUAAAAAAAUAAGACGGGAAAUUGAAAAACAAAGUUGAAAAAGUGAAUUGUUUCAAAAAAAAAAUAAAUAAAUAAAACUCUUUUUGGAAAAAAAAAAUUUUUUUCGUUUUUCGUUUGGGAAUUUUUAAUGGCCUAUAAAAUUGAGAGAACUACUAAAAAUUGUAGCCUAGUGUUUGAGACGAAAUAUUUCAUAAAUAAAUAAUAUAUAAUUACUGUGCUCAACUCGUGCUGUGCUUUUUAUACCAUGCCCUCGUGAUUCAUUGCGAGUGUGUUUAGUGCUUAGUGAUUAAAAAAAAGAAUAGUUGAAAGAAACGGAGAGAAAAAAAGGGAAAGAAGAGGAAAAAGGGAAAAAAAGAGAAAGUGAGAGUGAAAGAAAGAGGCCCAAGUGUCUGGGCCUGAUAUCCUGAGAUGCCUGUUAGAAGAGGUCACGUGGCACCCAGGACGACUAUUAUUGAAACCAUCAUUAGAAAAUUUGACACCCAUGAUCGAAGCUUCUUGGUAGCCAACGCUCAACACGGACUAUGUCACAUAAUAUAUUGCUCAGACGGGUUCUGCCGAUUAACGGGGUUCUCGAGAGCAGAAGUCAUGCAGAGGCCGGCGGUGUGCGAAUUUCUGCAUGGACCAAUGACAUCGCCACAUGCAGUCGCUGCAUUGCGGGACGCACUUUUGGCCGGAGACGAAAAACACUUCGAAAUACUUUACUACAGAAAAGACGGAACAAAAUUUCUCUGCAGCGAAGUGAUAGCCCUUAUCAGAAGCGAAGUAGACGACAUAUGUCUUCAAAUUAUAAACUUCGAAGACUUAAGUGCACAACCACCGCCGCAACCUUCUAUUCCACCGCCAGCGCAGGCAAACAACAGGCUCGUUACACGCUUCGACAGGGCGAGGGCAUCAUUUCGAGCCGGACUCUCGAGGACUGGCGUCGUGGGACCAUCGCGAGUCAGAAGUCGACCCAAGCCAGGUUCAAAUAUUCCUCAUCGUCUCGCCGACGGUACAAUUCUAGACGAAGAAGCCUCUGAAAAUUGUCCUUUGACAUGUGGCUCGCCGACGAUGAUGGAAUCCUGGGGCCCAGGAAGAACGGGCACCCCUCCACUUUCACUGCCAGCUCCACACAUGGUUGGCACCAUUGGCAGUUCCGGAGCCACUCCCAGUCUUCCAAUUCCUGGAACGACGGCACCUAUAGCGAGUCCCGAAGGAGUCAGCGACAUGUCCCAAAAGUCUGGAAUUUGGGAAGGACCACAAUCAUCGUCAGCUGAACAGGGACCAUCGCGAAGUGUUUCACACGCGGCGAGUCUGGAUGCGAUUUCCAGGCGUGUUGUCAAAACUGAAACAACGAGGGUCCCAUGUCGUAGUCUCACCUGUAGUGUUCUAGCGGGCCGAGGGAGCGAACUAAUCACCCUCGAACGAAGGCCAGCGACUGUUGAUAAUCUCACCGAAGCGGCAAAACAUUCGAAAAUUUUUCCUGGUGUUGCGUCGGAGAGUGAUUUACAAAAAUGGCGAACAUCCAGAGAUCGAAAAUCGCCAUCGCUCAGUCAAAUGGGUCCCGAAUCGCUAAAACAUAAAUACUCCCUGCAAGACAAUGGUUCGGCGAAAUAUUUUCAAGGAGCAAUGCACACACCAAAUAUGGGAGAAAAAGUCGCGCAGGUUCUGUCUUUAGGUGCCGACGUUCUGCCGGACUACAAACUGCAGUCGCCACGAAUACACAAAUGGACUGUGUUGCACUACUCGCCGUUCAAAGCCGUGUGGGAUUGGAUCAUUCUCCUGCUCGUCAUGUACACUGCAAUUUUUACACCCUACGUUGCUGCUUUUUUACUCGCUGAAUCCGAUUAUAGUAAAAUUAAAUCCAAAAAAUACGGGGAGGACCCAAUUGUCAUUAUUGAUCUCAUAGUCGACGUGACAUUCAUCGUGGACAUUCUCAUAAAUUUUCGUACGACAUUCGUGAAUAGUAACGAUGAAGUUGUUUCCCAUCCGGGAAAAAUAGCCGUCCAUUAUUUGAAAGGUUGGUUUGUCAUCGACCUUGUGGCCGCGAUACCCUUCGAUCUCUUGCUUUUCGGCUCCGACACAGACGAGCUCGGCUUGGACAAGGAUGAGACAACAACUCUGAUUGGACUUUUGAAAACUGCUCGACUUUUGAGAUUAGUCAGGGUUGCGAGGAAAAUCGAUAGAUAUAGUGAAUAUGGAGCCGCUGUCCUGCUUUUGCUAAUGGCCACUUUUGCCCUCAUCGCUCAUUGGAUGGCCUGCAUUUGGUACGCGAUUGGCAACGCUGAGCGACCGUCUUUAAAAAGCAAAGUUGGCUGGUUGGAUAUUUUAGCGAAUGACACUCAUCAAUUUUAUAAUCAUAAUAACACUGGUGGACCCAGUAUAAAGAGUCGAUACAUCACCGCCUUGUACUUCACGUUCAGUAGUUUAACAUCUGUGGGUUUUGGGAAUGUUGCCCCUAACACAGACGCCGAGAAAAUUUUUACCAUCAUCGUCAUGUUAAUAGGAUCUCUAAUGUAUGCCAGUAUUUUUGGCAACGUUUCGGCAAUAAUUCAAAGGCUCUACAGCGGAACUGCGCGCUAUCACACACAAAUGCUGAGGGUUCGCGAAUUCAUCAGAUUUCAUCAAAUUCCAAAUCCACUUCGUCAACGGCUCGAGGAAUAUUUCCAGCACGCGUGGACCUAUACAAACGGAAUCGACAUGAACAGUGUAUUGAAAGGAUUUCCAGAGUGCCUUCAGGCUGACAUCUGCCUUCAUCUUAACAGAAAUCUGCUGAAUAAUUGCAAAGCAUUCGAGGGAGCGAGUCCAGGAUGCUUGCGAGCAUUGUCGCUGAAAUUUAAAACAACUCACGCGCCUCCAGGCGACACUUUAGUUCACCGCGGUGAUGUAUUAACGUCACUGUAUUUUAUAUCAAGGGGAAGUAUCGAGAUUCUAAAGGACGAUAUUGUAAUGGCAAUAUUGAGUAAGGACGAUAUUUUCGGCGAGAAUCCCUGCCUCUAUCCCACCGUUGGAAAAUCGUCGUGCAACGUGAGGGCGCUCACCUAUUGCGAUCUUCAUAAAAUUCACAGGGACGAUCUCCUCGACGUCCUCGCUCUCUAUCCAGAAUUUUCCAGUUACUUCAGUCGAAAUCUCGAGAUUACUUUCAACAUGAGAGACGAGGAGCAAGCGGGCGUCGAUCCAAUAUCGGCGAGAUUUCCAGUUAGCACUCCAACUGACGUCGAAUUCGAUGCCAGAAGAUACGCCUUCCGUCCACCAAGAUAUCGCCGAGGACCCGGUGUCCCCGGUACCAAUCUUAUUCCUACGGGUCGACAAGAUUCUUUAAACGAGGACCAAGACGAUUACGAUAAGGGCAGCAGCGGUCACGGAAUUUUGGAAUUUAACACCGACAAAGCCGGGCAGGACGUGACGCCGUUAAAUCUCGAAUUUGACGAGCCAAAGCAAAGAAGUUCGACAUUCAACUCAAUAACUGGCAUGCUAACCCAUCUCAAGCGCAGCAUUCCGGACCUCCGACAGCACAAGAUUCAUCUGCAGCCGUUGACGAGCCACGACUACUUGGCCAAACAGAUGACAACACCGUUGACGAAACCGGCGCGAAGAAGUUCGGCGGCUGGGGAAAGUUCCUUAAGUCACAAUAUCACUCACCCAGCGUCCACAACUUCUAGUCAUUACACAACUCCUUCACCGCCUCAGCCAAGUGGGGACUUUCAAAGUGGACCGGGACGGCCAUUGGACGAAGUGAACGCGAGAAUAGACCAAUUGUCGAGGCAAGUGACGUCGCUGGAGCACUCGAUGGCGGGCGACAUUCGACUGAUCCUCGCGCUCCUCCAGCAGACGCUGAAUUCCUCGAGGGAGAGUUCGAGUAUCGAGAUGAUGCCGGGAACCGCGCCCGCCGGCACCGCCCGACCCAGUGGCAGAGCCCCAGCACUCGUUCAGCGGUCGGCGAGCGAACCGCAGCCGCAAACCGUUCCGCCCUCCGCCAGCAACAACGGAAACGGAAAAUUGCAACCCAGCACAUCACACAGUCUUUUUAGCUUUCUUUCGAAAUCCCUGGAUCAGUUGCAUUUGAUUUCGGCGUCUUUUAUUUUGGAUGGUUUGGACAAACUGCGAAGGCCAUCGUCGACGAGGGAGCCGGCGUCGACGUCGUCGGGAACGUCGCGUCUCACAGUGACGUCAGACACGUCGGCUCUGGCCGCGGCCUUGCAGACGGCACUCAAUGGCAGAGCGGCGCCCACCAGGUCGCAGAGUCAGCCCGUCGACCUCGCCGUGCCGCCCAACACUCAGCCGCACGCCUGGCACAGUCAGCCGGCCGCCUUCCGAAGGGGCGAAUUCAAGAGCGGUUACAGUUCAUUCAAUAAACGUUCGGAGCCGGAGGGCGACGAUCCCUGGAGUUGUAUUGUCCCGAUACUGGACCGGGGACAAUUGCAGCGGCCGCGGAGUGGCGACUCGCGAAAGGACAUCGCACUGACGUUGCGGAGUGCGAGCGAGGGACAAAGAACGGACAGAGUGCCACCGGAGGGCUCGCAGCAGCCGUUGACGCAACGCCAGGAGUCGUCGAGGCAGACGAGCGAGGACAUGUCCUGGGAAUUCACCAUCAACGAGGCGCCAAUCGCGAGACUCGAGUCGCUCGACGAAUUGGAUCAGGAUCACACUAGUUAAGGAAACACGAACAGAGAAUAGAAGCAAAAAAAAAAAAGAAAUUAAAGAGAAAAAAGAAAAAAAGGAAACGAAAAAGAAAUACAAUCCUUUUUCGAUGAGGAAGCGAAAAAUUGAAAUUAACUAAUAAAAAAAGAAAAGAAGAAAAAAGAAAGAGAAAUAGAAGAAAAAGAAAGAAACCAAAAAGGAAAGAGAAGAAAAGGGAA